UCUAUUUUUUACAAUGAUUUAAAUUUAAUUUUGUUAGCUAUUAAUGUAUAACUUUUGUUUUCAAAAAAAAUACAGGAGAGGGCUACAUCUCUCAUUGCGGAGCGUGACGAUGAGUCCGCAGCAUCUACGCAGCAGAGCCGUAUCGAGGCCGAGGUGUUCACAGAGUUGAUGGGACCAGAGCGCUACGACCGAGUGAGGGGUUAUGGAGUAGGAGUCACCUCCACUCAGUUAUCUGAGGUUAGUAGAUAUACGCAGCAUGCUGCAGCAGAUGCUCAGGAUUCACGCGUUCGCAGACUCGAGGCAGAGAUACAGGAGAUUAGACAGAGUCGUGCCGCUGAGAUGGAGGAGAUGCGACAGAGCCGUGCCGAGAUACAGGCCAUGAGGGGACAGAUUGAUCGCCUUACAUCUUUAUUAGAGAUGUAUGGUCCAUCUCAGGCUCCUGGCACAUCAGGCACCCGUCGAGACAGCGGAAUUUGA